UCCACUGACUACAGGCAUUAUUUCUGUUCUGGACCUUGGAGUCCAGUUCUUAGCCCCGGUCCUGACACCUCUUUGCUGGAUUUAAUUUUGCUGGAUUUUUCUUUCUAUCAUUCAUCCACUUCAGGACUUUUAUAUUUGUCAUUGUUCAUUUGGCAACUGACGGUGCACACCUUAGCAUUUCCAGGCAGAAAAGCACAGUGGACAGUGAGUUAGGAGGCACCAUGAUGGCUUUACCUUUCUACCAGAAACAUCACCAACACUAUGACCGUGCGUACCGCCACAAAGAGCUGCAAUCCACUCUGAGCCAGUACCAAAAGGAGGAGAAGCGUAAAUCGGCUGUCUACAGUCAUGGGUCUACAGCCUACACUCGUGGAUCUGCCGCCUACCGCCAUGGGUCUGCAGCAGCUUACGGUCAUGAGUCUGCAGCAGCCUACAGUCAUGGAUCAGCAGCCUAUGGUCACGAGUCUGCAGCCUACAGUCAUGGAUCUGCAGCCUAUGAUCAUGAAUCUGCAGCUCAGAGUAGGAGGUCUGCUGCCUACAGUCUUGGAUCAGAAUCCCUCAGUAAGAUGUCUUCAGCCUAUGAUCAUGAAUCUGCAGCGCACAGUAGGAGGUCUGCUGCCUACAGUCUUGGAUCAGAAUCCCUCAGUAAGAGGUCUGCUGCCUACAGUCUUGGAUCUGAAGCCUACAGUCACGGACUAAAAGAUUCCAAUAUAAUGAUAGAAGAUCGAUCCUAUAAAUUGAGUCCCAAAGCAAAGAGGGCAAAGCAGAGUUUAUUCUCUGAGGAGAAAGAAAAUAAAGCCAUUGACUAUGUAGUACCAGUGUUCACAGGACGUCAAGUGUAUGUCAGCGGAAUUACAGAUACAGAAGAGGAAAGAAUUAAGGAGAGUGCUGCAUACAUUGCCAGAAGGAACCUCUUUGCUACAGGCGAAGGAAUUAGUGCAACUAGAGUGGCCACUUCAUCCUCUACAGAAGAGCAGCAUGAAAAGAAGUCAAGGAAAGUAGCGAUACGAGAGUCAGCUGAACGUCUGGCCCUGAAGAAAACGUUAGAAGAGACUGAGGAAUUUCACAGAAAGCUGAAUGAAGAUAAACUUUUACAUGCUCCUGAGUUUGUUAUCAAGCCUCGUUCCCAUACUGUCUGGGAGAAACAGAAUGUCAAAUUACAUUGUACUGUGACUGGCUGGCCAGAACCCCGUCUUACAUGGUACAAAAACAAUGUGCCCAUCAAUGUGCAUACUCACCCUGGCAAGUAUUUCAUUGAAAGUCGAUAUGGGAUGCACUCACUGGAGAUUAACAAAUGUGAUUUUGAAGACACCGCUCAGUAUCGAGCUUCUGCUAUGAAUGUUAAAGGAGAACUUUCAGCUUAUGCUUCCCUUGUGGUAAAGAGAUAUAAGGGAGAGUUUGAUGCAAGUUAUUUUCAUGCUGGAACUGUUACCAUGCCUCUCAGCUUUGGUGUUACCCCCCAUGGCUAUGCUUCCAAAUUUGAAAUCCACUUUGUUGACAAGUUUGAGGUAACCUUUGGGAGAGAAGGAGAGACAAUGAGUCUGGGUUGUACAGUUAUCAUUCAUCCCGACAUUAAGCGCUUCCACCCAGAGAUCCAGUGGUACAGGAAUGGUGUUCUUAUUACACCAUCCAAGUGGGUCCAGAUGCAUUGGAGUGGGGAGCGGGCUACGUUAACCCUUGCUCAUGCUAACAAGGAGGAUGAAGGUCUUUACACUCUUCGUGUGGUCAUGGGGGACUACUAUGAACAGUACAGUGGUUAUGUCUUUGUUCGAGAUGCAGAUGCUGAAAUGCCAGGAGCCCCAGCUUCUCCACUGGAUGUGGAGUGCUUGGAUGCUAACAAGGAUUAUGUCAUCAUCUCCUGGAAACAACCUGCUGUUGAUGGUGGAAGCCCCAUCCUUGGAUACUUUAUUGAUAAAUGUGAGGUUGGCACCACUCACUGGACCCAAUGCAAUGAGACUCCGGUGAAGUUUGCUCGUUUCCCUGUCACGGGUUUGAUAGAAGGUCGCUCCUAUAUAUUCCGAGUCCGGGCGGUGAAUAAAGCUGGAAUAAGCAUACCAUCACGGGUUUCUGAGCCUGUGGCGGCUCUGGAUCCCGCUGACAGAGCUAGGCUUAGAAGUCACCCUUCUGCUCCCUGGACAGGACAGAUUAUUGUCACUGAGGAAGAACCUGCAGAGGGUGUUGUUCCCGGCCCGCCAUCAGAUCUCCAUGUUAUUGAAGCCACCAAGAACUAUGUUGUGCUUAGCUGGAAACCCCCUGGAGAACGGGGUCAUGAGGGUGUCAUGUACUUUGUGGAAAAGUGUACUGCAGGCACAGAGAACUGGCAGAGAGUGAACACUGAGAUCCCUGUAAAGUCUCCUCGCUUUGCUGUUUUUGACUUGGCUGAAGGGAAAUCUUACCGUUUCCGUGUUCGCUGUUGUAAUUCAGCUGGCAUUGGUGAGCCCUCAGAAGCAACUGAAGCUACUGUGGUGGGUGACAAACUUGAUAUUCCCAAAGUCCCAGGCCGUAUUAUACCAACCAGGAAUACAGAUACCUCAGUGGUUGUCACUUGGACAGAAUCUAAAGGUGCCAAGGAGUUGGUUGGGUACUACGUAGAAGCAAGCAUAGCUGGAUCUGGCCAUUGGGAACCAAGCAAUAACAAUCCAGUGAAAGGCACAAGAUUCAUUUGCCAUGGACUCCUCACUGGUGAGAACUACAUUUUCCGAGUCAGAGCUGUUAAUGCAGCUGGACUCAGUGAAUAUUCACAGGAAUCAGAGGCUAUUGAAGUCAAAGCAGCCAUUGGGGGAGGAUUGCUUCAUGCUGCCCCAUCUCCACCUUAUGACAUCACUGUACUUGAAAGUGUUCGUGACUCAAUGGUGCUAGGAUGGAAACAGCCCAAAAUCAUUGGCGGAGCUGAAAUUACUGGCUACUAUGUGAACUAUCGUGAAGUGAUUGAUGGAGUUCCUGGAAAAUGGAACGAGGCCAACAUUAAACCAGUUAGUGAGAGGGCCUACAGGAUUCACAAUUUGAAGGAAAACAUGGUGUACCAAUUCCAAGUGGCUGCUGCUAACCUAGCUGGGGUCGGCACACCCUCCCCACCUACUCGAUCCUUCAAAUGUGAAGAAUGGACCAUUGCUGUUCCAGGACCACCCCAUGAUCUCUUAUGCACUGAAGUUAGAAAAGACUCUUUGGUUUUACUGUGGAAACCACCAGUUUACAUUGGCCGUAAUCCUGUAACUGGUUACUAUGUUGAUGUAAAGGAAACAGAAGCAACAGACGAACAUUGGAGGAGUGUCAAUGAGAAGCCAAUUGCAAAUAAAUUCUUAAAGGUCAGUGGCCUAAAGGAAGGUGUCAGCUAUCUAUUCCGGGUGCGAGCAACAAAUCAGGCUGGUGUCGGGAAACCUUCUGAUACCACUGACCCUGUCAUAGCAGAAACACGACCAGGAACUAAAGAAAUGGAAGUAGAUGUGGAUGAUAAUGGAGUCAUUUCCCUGAACUUUGAAUGUGACCAGAUGUCUCCAGACUCUAAGUUUGUCUGGUCCAAGAAUUAUGAACCAAUUGAGGAUGAAUCUCGAUUAGCCUUUGACGCCAAAGGCGGAAAGUCAAAAGCUGCUUUUAAAGAUCUUGGGGAAGAUGAUUUGGGCAUUUACUCUUGUGCUGUCACAGACACUGAUGGAGUUUCAUCAAGCUACACAGUAGAUGAGGAAGAGAUGAAACGCCUGCUCGCUCUCAGCCAUGAGCACAAAUUCCCAACUGUCCCACUUAAGUCUGAGCUGGCAGCUGAACUUCUGGAGAAGGGACAAGUGCGAUUCUGGCUGCAGGCUGAAAAGCUGUCUGGCAAUGCAAAGGUCAACUUUGUAUUUAAUGACAAGGAAAUUGUUAAUGGAGAGAAAUAUAAGAUGAAGGUGGACCAUAAUACUGGCCUUAUUGAAAUGAUCAUGGAUAAAAUUGAGGACAACGAUGAAGGGACUUAUACCUUCCAGCUUCAGGAUGGAAAAGCAACGAACCAAUCCAGUCUUGUCCUUAUUGGUGAUGUGUUCAAGAAGCUACAGAAUGAAGCAGACUUUCAGAGGCAAGAGUGGUUCAGGAAACAAGGUCCUCAUUUUGUUGAGUAUCUGGGAUGGGAAGUUACCGCUGAUUGCAAUGUGUUGUUGAAAUGCAAGGUGGCUAAUAUUAAGAAGGAAACGCACAUUGUUUGGUACAAAGAUGGAAGGGAGAUAAUGGUGGAUGAGGAGCAUGACUUUAAGGAUGGCGUAUGUACUCUGCUGAUAUCAGAGUUUUCCAAGAAAGAUGCUGGUAAUUAUGAAGUAAUACUGAAGGAUGACAGAGGAAAGGACAAAAGCAAACUGAAACUUGUGGAAGCAGCUUUUGCAGAUCUGAUGAAUGAAGUGUGCAGAAAGAUUGCUGUAUCUGCAACAGAACUGAAAAUCCAGAGCACAGCAGAGGGUAUCAGAUUAUUCUCUUUUGUUAAUUAUUACUUGGAAGAUCUGAUGGUGAGCUGGUUACACAAUGAUGCCAAGAUUAAGUAUACAGACAGAGUUAAGACUGGUGUUACUGGGGAGCAGAUCUGGUUACAGAUCAAUGAGCCAACUCCACAGGACAAGGGCAAAUAUAUAAUGGAGCUCUUUGAUGGUAAAACUACACAUACAAGGAAGCUGGAUCUUUCUGGACAAGCCUUUGAUGAAGCCUGUAUUGAAUUCCAAAGAUUAAAACAAGCUGCUGUUGCAGAAAGAAAUCGUGCCCGGAUACUUGGAGGUUUGCCCGACGUUGUCACCAUCCAGGAAGGCAAGGCGCUUAAUCUUACUUGCAAUGUCUGGGGAGAUCCUGUCCCAGAGGUUACGUGGCUGAAGAAUGAGAAACCGUUGACAGCAGAUGCCCACUGCAUCCUGAAAUAUGAAUCUGGAAAAAGCGCCAGCUUCACUAUGACUGGUGUUAACACAAUCGACUCUGGGAGAUACGGCAUUUUGGUGAAAAACAAAUACGGCACAGAAACAAGUGAUUUCACUUUUCCCUUGCUGUAGUAAUGACAGCUCUGUGAGGAUCAAACAGGUAAGUGCUGAUGGUAAUUAAAUCCUUGCCAUUUGUGGUUUAGUGUGUAGCCCUUAUUCAUGUGAGGAGUCCAUUGGAUGCAGGAUUGACCUCUGAAGUCUAGUGUAUGAAAGAGUAACUGUAAUUUUGAUAGCUUUAAAAUUUGAGAAAUUUCUUUUUCUAAAAGUAAGAACACUAUAAAACAUUCAGCAUGAAACACAAACCAUGCAACAUUUGCCCAGUUUGGGUUUUUUUGUUAUAAAUCUGAAGCUGAGCUCAGGUUCUCUCCAAAAGAUUCAUAACCUUGACAGACAUUUUGAAUUAACCUAGGCUGACUUCUGUUUGAAAUCCUGCAGAACUUACAGUUUCUAAUAGAUUGCUAAGAAAUCAGCAGAAAAGUGACACUCAAGGGGUACAAAUCCCCUGUAGAUCAAAACUGAAGAGAAGGGAUUGUGAAAACUUUUGUGACCUGAAAUUACUAAAUUUUGUAUGGCUUAGGUAACAGGACAAAUUUUAAUGCAUUUAUCAACAUUGAUGUAGGUCAUUGUUGCACUGGAAUAGUAACAUUUUGACUAAUUUCUAAGAAAGGUUGAAGAUUUUGAAUGUAUGCAUCCAAAGCAAAACCUAUCUAUGUUUAUGCAGUAACUGACUUCAAUUGCAACACUUAUAUAAGUAAGGCAAGCAGGAUUUGUCUGGUAGGUCUGAUCCACCAAAGCAUUUAAGUAUGUGCUUAACUUUAAGCACAAGUAGUCCCCUGGUUUCAAUGGAACAACUAACAAGCUUAAAGUUUAAGCAGAUGCGUAAAUACUUUGGAUGAAGGCUUAAGGAAUUAAAAAGAUCAACUGGGACUUUGUUUUCACAGAAUUUCUAUAUAUUAAACAAAGUAAAAGUGCUUCUUACUUUUUAUUUUCAAAGCAGGGAAAGUAGCCUCAUUGUUUAAUAUGCCAUGAUUAACCUUCUGAAAUUUAAAUACAAAUGUUGCCAAUGAAUUUGAUACUUUCACUUAAUAUGAUAUGAAGCCAAUUGAAAGCUGAUAAUUAGAUCAUUCCAUUUUAGGCCCAGAAUUUACACUAUAAUUAUAAACCACAAUUGACUAAACCUGCUCCAAGUUACACUUUUGCAUCAUCAGUGAAAUCAAUAGGAUUUCAGAGGUGUAGCUGAGAGCAUAGUUUGGCCAUUUCUCAUUGGAGUAGUAGAUUAACUAAACUUUCUUAUUUCUUGCAAGUAUAUUUUUAAUACAGUUUCAUUUUUC